AUGUCCCUCUUUGUAAAUCAUGCCGAUAGUUCUUCAACACCUACCAAGAGGUCGCCUGGAGUUCAACCACGCAUUUUAUUGUCCAAUGCUGCUUCGUGUAACAGUCCACCUCAAAAAGACGCAGAAGACAAUUGUCUUAAGUCUGACAACGGUGAAAGCAAACCUGAAAUCAAUACGGUCGAAAACACUAACACUACACUUGAAGACGUGAUCGAACAGCAUGACAUCGGGCUCCUUAAUUUUGACACUAAUGCCGGGAAGGCGAUAGUUCCUGAAUAUUGGAGGAUAGAAAUAGUUAAGCUAGGCUGGAAAUAUUUUCAGAACUGUAAAGGACCUUUCUUGCCAACAAAUAACCGCUCAAUGAAUAAAAACUGGUUCAAAAGGAAAUUGGGAAAUGGUCGAGAUCCGGUCAUGAAAGAGCAUCUUUGCUAUGUAGAGAGUCACCCUGGAUCAACAUCUUACCUUUCACCCGAUGUUCAGAAUGAAUAUAUUUACCUCAUGGCAUCAGCCGUUCGUCAGAAUCUGCUAAAGGGCAUUCGCAGGGCCAAGUAUUAUGGUCUCAUGUUCGACACAACCCCUGAUAGAGCACAUCAUGAACAGAUUUCGCAGGUAGUAAGAUAUGUUGAAGUUGACUUCGAAAGAAAGUGCGUUCGCGUGAGAGAAAGCUUCCUCGGGUUCAUUCAGGCGGGCGAAAAGGAUGCGGAGAGUUUAGUUGAUGUAAUUUUGAAGCAGUUGGCAGAUAACGAAAUGGCACUGGAAGAUUGA